AUGUGGACCUCGCGGACGCUGGCCAACUACCUGGACUUUCUGGCCGCGGAAAUCCGGCAGAAGCGCUUGUCCUUGGGGCUGGAUGCAACAGACAAAGCGCUGGUCCUGUGUGAUGCCGCGAGUGUCCACGGCGCGGGUGCGUUGGCCAUGGUGCGCAAAAACUUCGAGCGCGAGGCCAACGCCGUCCUCAUCCACGGCGGCUACGCGUGCGAUGACCGGGUGAUUAUACCCGGGGGCUGGGGCGCAGCUGGCGCGCCGAAUGACGCCUGGCACCAGGUAUUUCACUCGCUACGCCGCGGCUACAUGCGGUGCGUUGUGGGCAGCGCCGGCAGCACCAAGCUGCGCAAGGCAAUGCAAGAUCUCAGCAUUGCCAUUGACGGCAACCAGAAGGUGUUGUCGGUGCAGUCCUCCUUGCGCGCCGACUGCUUCGCACUCACGCAGAUACAGAAGUACCAAGAGGGCAAGCUCCUCCUCUGGGCCUGGGUUUCGCGAGGCCUUGUUACCUUGGAGCAGGUCGCCGAGCUCCGCUUCGCCGGAGACAUCGAGCAGGCGAAGUCCUUCUUCAAAGCCACGCCUGGCGAGCUGACCAAGAUCUUGAAGUUGGACGAGGUGCCUGACCUCGACCUCGCGGAGAGGGAAGCCCGUGUCGACGAAGCUUCGCGAACUUCGCUCGCCGGCGAAGUGAACCGGAGCUGGGUCGUCCAGGACACUUGGGCA